AUGGCCAAUUCCACCAUGGUGACUGAAUUUCUCCUCAUGGGCUUUGCUGAAGUGUUGGAGUUAAGGGUCCUACAUGCCCUGUUAUUCCUACUGAUGUACUUGGCCACCCUGUUAGGGAAUCUUCUCAUCAUCUCUGCCACCACACUUGACCAGAACCUUCACACGCCCAUGUACUUCUUCCUCAGGAAUCUGUCCAUCUUGGACAUGUGCUACGUUUCUGUCACUGUCCCCAAUGCCUGUGUCAACUCCCUCACUGACAACAGGACCAUUUCAGUGACUGGCUGUGCAGCUCAGACCUUCUUUGUGGUUUUGUUUGCUACCUCAGAACUGUUGUUCCUCACCAUCAUGGCCCGUGACCGCUAUGUGGCCAUCUGCCAGCCCCUCCGCUACCCCGUCAUCAUGAACCACCAGUUCUGUGUCUGGACAACACUGGUCUCCCUGCUCAGUGGCCUCAUCUACGCAGGCCUGCACACAGGGAACACAUUCCGGCUGUCCUUCUGUCAGUCCAACGUGGUCCAUCAGUUCUUCUGUGACAUCCCCUCUCUGCUGAGCCUCUCCUGCUCUGACACCUUCAGCAAUGAGCUCUUAAUUCUUAUUUCUGCCAUGGGGGUUGGUGGUGGCUGCUUUAUCUUCAUUGCCAUGUCAUACCUUCAUAUAUUUUCCGCUGUGCUCAAGUUUCCAACCAGAGAGCGAGGCAAGGCCUUCUCCACGUGUGUCCCUCACCUCCUUGUGUUCUCUGUCUUCCUCGGUUCUGGCAGCUGUGUGUACCUAAGGCCUUCAGGAGCCUCUGACACAGUUCUGGACAUGAUUCUUUCUGUAUUUUAUACCAUAGUUCCCCCAUUCUUGAAUCCUAUCAUCUACAGUCUUAGAAACAAACAGGUAAAGGGAGCUCUGAAGAAAGUAGUAUUAAGAAUGACUUACAGGGCAGAAUAUCAGAGGAAUGAGCUGUCCAUGAGAAGAGAUCUGGAAAUCUGCAGAUUUCUCUGCAGCUUUCCACAGUGUGUUCUGUGCACACUUGAAGAAACUACCCAAUCCAAAUGA